UUUGUAGUUGUCAAAAUCAAGGAGUGUGUGUAGCCCCUAACGUGUGUAGAUGUCCUUUGAAUUCGGGGUAUACAGGAAACUCUUGUCAAACACCAAUCUGUUAUCCCAAUUGUCAGCAUGGCUAUUGUAGUAGACCUAACACAUGUAGUUGUUACCAGGGAUAUACAGGAUCACGCUGCUCACAACCUGUAUGUAGUCCAGGUUGUCAAAAUGGGGGAACCUGCGUUAGUCCCAACACUUGUCAGUGUCCAAGCAAUCAAGCAGGACCUCUCUGUAAGCAACCUCUUUGUAGUCCACCGUGUAUUAAUGGUGGUAGAUGUACCUCGUCUCACACUUGUGACUGUUCUAAUACUAGGUAUAGAGGACAAACUUGCGGAACACCUGUCUGUUCUCCAAAUUGUUUGAACAAAGGCAUUUGUGUAGCUCCCGACAAGUGUUCCUGUCCAGAAACAUACAAAGGAAAUAUAUGUCAAACCCCACUAUGUGCUCACCAUGAUCCCUGUUUCCCUGGAGAAUGCAGUGAUUUAGAACAUUGUCAGUGCACAUCAGGUUUCACAGGACAAAAUGGACUCCAAAGAUGUAAAUCAUUUGAAGCUGAUAAUACAGCAAUAAUUACUAAAUGUUCGGCAUUCCUCGCCAAUAUAGAGAGAACAGGCAAAAAGCGAGAGAUGUAUCGAUUUAUGACGGACUCCUCUGAGCCUAAUUCUACGGAGGUCGACAUGCUUUGGUUAAGCCAGAAGGACUAUAAUUAUAUAAAUGCAGAUUUUAUGGCAAUUUACACUCCACCUGAAAUUACAACCCAACCAGAGUAUGUAGACGAGUUUGAGUUUGGAAUCGUCGGUGGAUGGCUGCAGUUAGAUCUUACUAAAGUGGCUCGAAACGCAUCAAGUAAAGCAUAUGUCAGCUUAAAUAGUACGACUUAUCCAUGCCCUAAUCAGCCAGGCUCGAUGAAUCCAAACACAUCAGUAUAUUCCUGCAACGUUACUCACUUUGACUUUGACCGACUUCUGGAGGACGGCGAUAAUUUAACAAUAACCGUUAUUGCCCAAAGUGGAGGAUAUCGGAAACUGAAUACAUCGUCAACAACAUCAUUAACAACAUCAUUUAAAGAUCCCUUUAUUGGCCGCAAUUCUAGUAAAUCAAUGAUGUAUCGCUUUGACUUUAGAAACCCUUAUCACUGUAUCUUAGAGACUGGAUGUUCCUCCAAAGCAUUCACUGUUAACAAAGAUAUUACCAAGAAACCGAUUCAAUUCUCAUGGGACGGCUGGACUGAUGUUCUUUCUGGAAUUGGAAAAUACACAAUUCAAGAAUUCUUACUGCAACCGAACCAGAAUAUAAACCCAAAUUUAACAGAACCAGAUCCUUGGAGCCCUACACAGACCUUUACUUUAGACAAAUCAGAAAGAACCUUUACUUAUACCCCCAAACAGCCAGGGAUGUACUCUUUCAUACUGAACAUCGUAGACAGAGCGAAUAACUCAGAAUAUGCAAGAACUCUUGUCCUGUACGACAAUACGUCAUCAAUCACAAAAGAAGCAGCUUUUCCAAUGAUUUCAACAAGUGCCGUAGAAGAGACAAAUUAUCAAUGGCAAAAUAAUUUAAAGAAUAAUAUAUCGAUAUCCUGGAAAGGACACUUCAGAAACGUAUUACACGAGAAUGAAAAACUUUUGAUACCUGUGUCUGAAUAUAAAAAUUUCGAUCAUGAUAAAAAGUUUCAAAAACGUGUACUUCCUAAAUUAGAUGACAAUAACGGUGAAAGAACACUGAAGCCAAUACUGAAUAUUCACGGAAUCGUCAAAUUUGAAUACCAGUUUGCUCAUGCAAACCAAGGAAAUCAAACUCCGUCAAGCUGGCGACCCAUUGAUGACUUAACAGAAACUGUAACGUUCAAUAUUUCUAGACGUGAUGGAGAUGGCUUAAACGUCUGGGUCAAAGCCACUGACGUUCUCGGAAAUGAAGGAUUUGAUCUUAUGCAUGUUUACUUCGAUGAAACCCCACCAGCACCUUUAACACCUGAUGAUGUUAUAUUCUUACCAAAUCUAAAGAAUUCUACAUUCCCUUUUACAAGUCGCUUACUCGUAAAUACGCUUGAUCGAAAUAGUGGAAUUCACAAAAUUGACUGGACAUUCUCGUCAAAUCAGACGGGGGACCUUUUCAAAUCUGGCUCUAUGCCGGGAAACAUAACAAAAGAAACCUUGAGAUUUAAGGAAGGAUAUGAAGUACCUAUGGGAGACAACUUCUACUACAGCCAUUACCUGGACAUAGAUAACUGUUGGAUGGUGGUCCCAAAAGAAUCCUUCCGAAACGAAUCCAUCAAACUGAGUCUAACUGUAUAUAAUAGAGCCAUGGAAUCCACAACGUAUAUGAAAAUGCUGUCAAACUUGGAAUCUCUUGACGGGAUUGAUGAAUAUUCAGGACCGACAAAUCUCCACAUAGAGAAUACAUACGACAAUGGUGUUCGUUUGAGGUGGACAGUCACGCCUAGCUGUUAUGAGAGGACCAGGAUUAUUGUCCUUGUUGUAGCAAAAGAUGGAAAAACCUACACCCGUCUAGUUGAUAAGGAUGCUGAUUACUUUGAUCUCACGGGUCUGGAUGCUGAAACAGUCUAUAAUUUAUCCUUCGUCACAGCAUACGCAGCACAAAAGAGUGAUCCGGUUUAUUUAUCAUUCCGAACAACCGAAUCACCGGCUGCUUUGACUGCUGGAGGAAUCGCGGGAAUUUCAAUCGUAAUGAUUCUAUUACUCGGAAUCAUUGUUGCUGGUGUGAUAAUGUGGAGGACAGGCCGGUUAACGGUGGCUAAGCAGAACAUACAGAGGAGAGUCACGGUGGUCAGGGAGAGGAUACAGAAUCGAUUCUCAGCUUCACAUUUUAAUAUGACGUACGAAGACCAGGAUGACAUAUACUUGUAUGGAGGAAAAGAAUUUAACACCUCGGACGAUUAUAUAAUUCCACACAGUUCUGUUGUUUUGGAAACCUUGCUAACAAGCGGACGGUUUGCUGAUAUUUAUAAAAUCAGAUAUCAUCCUCAAAAUACCACAUCACGAGGGGAUAAGUAUGUGGCCAAAGUGCUGAAAAAUGGAUACACUGAAGAACAGCAGAUAAGCAUGCGGGCCAAGAUAAAUUUCUAUGCUACCAAAGUUGGAGAACAUACCAAUAUUUUACACUUUUAUGGGGCGGUUUUCGAUGACAUGGCUCUUGGUCCAUACAUGGUACUUGAAUACUGCGAACUGGGUCAAUUGAAUACAUGGUUGCAAGAGCAAAAAUCUAGUGCCAACGAAGAAACAUCUGAGCAGCUUUGUCGAAUUGUUUAUGGAAUUUCGAAAGGAAUGCUUCACUUUGAAAACAGAAAAUUGGUUCAUAGAAGACUUGCGGCUAGGAAUGUGCUUCUGAACAGUGAACUGGAGCCAAAAAUCUACGGAUUUUGUCCGCAACAACAGACAACAGAAGGCGAUCACAAAGACGAUGAUGGUGAUGUAAAAGAGGACAAAGAGCGUAUUCCUAUUAAGUGGGCAGCUCCAGAAUGUUUAGUGUCCAUGAAAUAUGCGACACCCAAAAGUGAUGUCUGGUCAUUUGGUAUCGUUUUAUGGGAAAUUUUCAGCUUUGGUGAUGUUCCAUAUCCCGGUGUAAGAAGCAGAGAUGUUCAGAUGCACCUGAGAAACGGAAACCGAAUGAAUCGUCCUGAAUUCGCCAAUGAUUUCUACUAUAAUUUGAUGAAACAAUGCUGGCAGAGGAAAGCAAAACAACGACCAUCUUUCAACGACAUCACGGCAGAAAUCGGAAAAACCUUCAACACCGUUCCCUCGGAUGAUUUCUACUAUUACUCGGAAAAACAGUGAUGGUCUUGCUAAUCUGUCAACUGGCCUUUGGGACAUGAAACCCCCUCCCCA